GGAAAGAGUGCAGGAGGAAGUUGACAAGGAUUAGUUUCUAGACAUCCAGCAGAGCUUGCUCACCUUGCAUAAAAAACAAACAGCAUGUCUGAACUGGCCGUUGAUCUGAGUCUAUGCAGCCAGUGCUGGGCACCUUUCGACGCUGAAGAACAUCAACCGAAAUUACUCCAAUGUCCAUUACAUCCCAUGGCCACCGUUUGCCUCCAGUGUCUCAAAUCCAAAAAAGGGUGUUUGAAUGAUGACUGUGACACGUGUCGGGAUGCCUGUGCCAUCUGGUCACUGGACGAUUUGCCCUUGAAUAUUUACGCCCUUCAAUUAGCGGAAUGGAAAAGCGCAAACGCCGAAACGCAAACUAAUCUCCCUCAAUUAACCGAAGACCAAGAGAAGAAAAAAACUUGUUUUGAUUACCAUCACUGUCCGUUUGUGUUUACGUUCUCCAUGGGUGAAGUCGAAUUGGGCGAAGUUCACGUCAUGUCGUCUCCGUUGGUGAUCCAGCACAAGUUCGUCCAAGCUCUGGGUGAGUAUUGCUUCAACCUGCCCAGGGAGUUCCUAAUUUUUGGUGAACCACAGUUCAAACCCGAUUCAUUCUACAUGCUGGAGUGCUUCCAUAUGGAUUUUCAGCCGUUGGAAUCGGACGUCAUGGUCUUUGCCGAUCCUUCAAAAUUGGAGUCGAUAGUCCAAGAAGAACUGGCCAAUCUUGACGUCGCUCUCGAGCCCAGUUUUGACGAAGAGGACAGAUUGAUAAAUUUCAGAUGUAUCUUCUUUCUGAAAUCUGCUGCCGCAGAGAUCGAGAUAGCAAUCAAGAAGUCGGCCGAAACCAUAUGGGGCAAGGUUACUCGAGGCUCUUCGGUGCUGGAGUGGCUAGCCAAUAUUCCUGAAGGAGAACAUCAUCGUAGGGGUGUCAGAACCGUAGCUAGGGUCACUCUGGAAACUCGCAAUCCUACUGAUGAUUCCUGCCCAUCUUGAAUGUUAUGUCUCC